AUGGAAGAAAAAAUCUAUCAACUUCAACCUAUUGUCGAAGCCUUAAGCAUCCAUCUGCUCCCUGAAAUGAAUGAGCAAGAGUGGCCUCCUGAUGACCCUGAGUAUGUGGUUGUGGGAAGCGAUCUGGAUUCAGAGGCCUCGCAAUUCGAUGCUGGUUGGACGGAUAAAUCGAAAACCAGGAAGUCGAGCGGGAUAGGCCGGGCCAAUAUCCGGAAGGAGAGCUUCAACACCUCUAGGCCUCAGGCGGACAACUUGGGCACUAGACGGAACAGAAACUCAACCAGGUCCGACACGCGGCAUACACCGGAGCCGUGUUAUGAUGAAGGGCAAGAGGCCAAAACAGGUAACGGCAAACCAGGCUCCUACCAGAGUACCGCUGUUGGGGGUAAAUGUUCCCAUGGCUCUCCCCGGGACGUGCACCCUGGAUGUUUCCAGGCGUCUUGCUAUGACGGAGUAUGCCAAUCAGCCGUCUUCGAUAUAGGAUUGGAAGGUUACAUCCAAACCUGCCGAUACCAAGCCUAUGUUAAUGAUGGUGAAGAAGAAGUUUACUACGACGCCGUCUCAUCGAUUGACUCUACGCAGGAAUCAGCGGAUAGAUAUGAGCACUACCAUCUAGAUGAACACUACUACCGACAACGCGACUUCUCAUCCGACGACACGCUGAAGCUGGACGAUCUCAUUACCAUCCAAGUCUGCGCCCAGCUAUUCAUCACUAGGGUAGCUACUUUGAUCAGCGGCAGCGACUACUUUUGGAGUUUCCUUCCAAUUAAUAGGCUGCUUGAUCCCGAGCGCCUCUUGUUAGAUGAAUGGCAAUAUCCGUUCUCAAAGCGGCCCGUCCUUCUAGAUGACGGAGCUUACUUUGUCGACGCGGAUCCAGAUAUGUUCAAAUACAUCUUGAACUUCCUGCGUGGUGAAAACCCGCCAUUAUUCUGGUCCAAAAACAGCGGUCAUGAUUACCCGCUCUAUCAUCGGCUACUUGCUGAAUCCGACUUUUUCGCUGUUCCCCGCCUGACAACAUAUUUGAAAGAGAGAGCAUACAUCCAGGCGCUCUCAGGAAUACUUGGAGUGGAACGCCACUUCUCACGAGUUGACGCCAUGUCUACGGGUAACGCUCCACACCUUGCGUCCUACGACGACGAUGAUUCAGAUAAAUUUACCGAUUUUGAGGAGCGGUUGCUUUCAUUGGAAAAUCUCUCUUUGGAAAGACCCUUGGAAAGGCUACCCUUGAGUUACCCUCGAUCUUGGUUGGGAGAGGAAGCUCCGGACGGCGUACCCGCUACCUGGUGGUAA